AUGAUUCGUCAAGCUGACAUCUCUAAAUAUGAUAUACAUGUGGCAUUUCUCAGACCAAAGCCCAUUCUCUUCGGUGAAAAGGGCAUUCACUGGUCUAUCAUGAUUGCCCAUCCGGGAUUGGAAUACGGCACCAUGUACCAUAUAGUCCGAAGUCGAAGAGCAGGAAGUCUGUCUCAUUAUGAGCUCCACGUUCGAUCAUUCAGACCACUCGACGGUGAUGAUAUUAUAGACAAGAAGCACAUUGCCACCCUUGCGUCGACACAGAUUGACCGGUUCAAUACAAUCCUGGCUUCUGUGCCCUUACGUGAUUCGCAAAAUUGGAGUAUUGGAAAUCUUUACCGAGAGGCCGAUGGAUAUAAUUCGGAGCAGUGGACGAUCGAAGUCAUUAUGGCUCUUGAAGAUUGGAAAAUGGUCCGUUAUGGAACUAGCCUUUUUGUUGAGCCGGGCUCAACCGUUUUUUGA